AAAAGCUUCGAUUCGCUUCUAGAACAUUCCGGAACGCGGGAGCCUAUAAAAGCGAACGACAGUUGCCGAACGACGUCAGAAAAUAAUCUGAAGUUGCAAAAGCAGCAGUGAAGAGCGUGCGAGUUUUUCAAGCAAUUUCUUCGAAUUUCUUUCCAUUUUUUCAUUGAAAAGCGAUUUUUACAUCCUUCAAGAUGCCUGAACCAGAAAACCAGGAAGUGGAGACUUUCGCCUUCCAGGCUGAAAUUGCUCAGUUGAUGAGUUUGAUUAUUAAUACUUUUUACUCGAACAAAGAAAUUUUCCUCAGAGAAUUAAUUUCCAACUCGUCAGAUGCCUUAGACAAAAUUCGUUACGAGUCUUUGACAAACCCAUCCAGAUUAGAUAGUGGCAAAGACUUACAAAUCAAAAUUAUUCCCAAUAAAAAUGAUGGAACCCUUACCCUCAUUGAUACCGGUAUUGGUAUGACCAAAGCCGAUUUGGUCAACAACUUGGGUACAAUCGCCAAGUCUGGAACCAAAGCUUUCAUGGAGGCUUUGCAAGCCGGCGCCGACAUCAGUAUGAUCGGUCAAUUCGGUGUGGGUUUCUACUCUGCUUACUUGAUAGCCGACAAAGUCACAGUUGUAUCCAAGCAUAACGAUGACGAACAGUACAUUUGGGAAUCAUCUGCUGGUGGUAGUUUUACCAUCCGCGUAGACCAAGGAGAACCCAUGGGCCGCGGUACCAAAAUCGUCUUGCACAUCAAGGAAGACCAAACCGAGUUUUUGGAGGAAAACAAGAUUAAGGAAAUCGUCAAGAAACACUCUCAAUUCAUCGGUUACCCGAUCAAACUCUUGGUUGAGAAGGAACGCGAGAAGGAGUUGAGCGACGACGAAGCCGAAGAAGAGAAGAAGGAGGAAGAAGGUGAAGACAAAGAUAAACCUAAGAUUGAGGAUGUGGGGGAAGAUGAAGAUGCUGAUAAAAAGGAUGACUCCAAAAAGAAGAAGAAGACUAUUAAGGAGAAGUACACUGAAGAUGAGGAGUUGAACAAAACCAAACCCAUCUGGACUAGAAACGCUGAUGAUAUCACCCAGGAAGAAUACGGCGAAUUCUACAAAUCCCUCACCAACGACUGGGAAGACCAUUUAGCUGUUAAGCAUUUUAGCGUUGAGGGUCAACUCGAAUUCAGGGCUCUUCUUUUCGUGCCGCGUCGUAUCCCCUUUGAUUUGUUUGAAAACAAGAAACGCAAGAACAACAUUAAAUUGUAUGUGCGUCGUGUUUUCAUCAUGGACAACUGCGAGGAUUUAAUCCCCGAAUACCUCAACUUCAUUAAGGGUGUGGUGGACUCUGAAGAUUUGCCAUUGAACAUUUCUCGUGAAAUGUUGCAGCAAAACAAAAUUCUAAAAGUAAUCCGCAAGAAUUUGGUCAAGAAAUGCAUGGAGCUGUUUGAGGAAAUGGCCGAAGACAAGGAAGGCUACAAGAAGUUCUACGAACAAUUCUCGAAGAAUUUAAAGUUGGGCAUCCACGAAGAUUCGCAAAACAGAGCCAAACUGGCGGAUUUGUUGCGUUACCACACCUCCGCCUCCGGAGACGAGGCGUGCAGCCUUAAGGAGUACGUGAGCCGCAUGAAGGAGAACCAAAAACACAUCUACUACAUCACCGGCGAGAGCAAAGACCAGGUUGCCAACUCGUCGUUCGUUGAGCGCGUCAAGAAGCGCGGCUUCGAGGUCGUCUACAUGACGGAACCCAUCGACGAGUACGUCGUCCAACAGAUGAAAGACUUCGAAGGCAAAUCGCUCGUCUCGGUCACCAAGGAAGGCUUGGAACUGCCGGAAGACGAGGCCGAGAAGACCAAACGCGAAGAGGACAAGACCAAGUUCCAAGGCUUGUGCACCGUCAUGAAGAGCAUCUUGGACAACAAGGUCGAGAAGGUGGUCGUGUCCAACCGUCUGGUCGAAUCUCCGUGCUGCAUCGUGACCUCCCAGUACGGCUGGACCGCCAACAUGGAGCGCAUCAUGAAGGCUCAAGCUCUGAGGGACACCUCCACCAUGGGCUACAUGGCCGCCAAGAAGCACCUCGAGAUCAACCCCGACCACCCGAUCGUCGAGAACUUGCGUCUCAAGGUCGAGGUCGACAAGAACGACAAGGCCGUCAAGGACUUGGUCAUCCUCUUGUUUGAGACUGCCUUGUUGAGCUCUGGAUUCGCCUUGGACGAACCCCAGGUCCACGCUUCCAGGAUCUACAGGAUGAUCAAACUCGGUCUCGGCAUCGACGAGGAAGAGACCAUGUUGACUGAAGAGAUCCAAUCGGGAGACGCCCCAACCGCCGACGCUGGCGACGCGGAAGACGCUUCUCGCAUGGAGGAAGUAGAUUAAACGCUUCAACAUGGAAAUGUGUUGUAAGAUGUUCGUCUCUCAUACCGUUCAUUCCUUAUUUUUGUAAAUAAUUUAUUUACUCAUUUUUCUUCUAAGAAGUAUUAACGUUUUUUAUAAUAUGAUCAUUAUUUGGUUCACUUGCCCCACUUUGUUUCUUUGGCUGUGUUAAGUAUCAUUUUGUGACCAAAUAACGCCACUGUACUGAUUUUUUUGUUAAAAUAAAUAUUUUAAACAAAUA